GAGUACAACAGGCUAAAUCAAGAAGAUUGAUAAUGCGACUACCCUUUUCUUCUGUGAAAUAAACCAAAAUAAUGCGGAGAAAGAAGAAUCGUUUGUUUGUAGAGCCCACACAACCCAGAACUCAACUCAACUGGACUCUUUUUUGAACUGCCUCCUGCGAAUUAUUUCCGUUAACCAAGAGACAGAGAAAGAAGAGAAAGAAGAAACCAACCAGAGAAGGAACAUGUGGAAGUCUUGUAACUCAACCCACCUCAUCUUGUUUCUCCUUUUCAUCUCCGGCCUUGCAGUCCUCACUCCAAUCCUUGCCACUGACCACAUUGUUGGUGCCAACCGUGGCUGGAACCCUGGCAUCAACUACACCCUCUGGGCCAACAACCAAACUUUCUAUGUUGGGGAUCUUAUCUCAUUUAGGUACACAAAGAACCAGUACAAUGUGUUUGAGGUAAACCAGACUGGGUAUGACAACUGCACCUUGGACAGUGCUGUAGGGAACUGGAGCAGUGGCAAAGACUUCAUACCCCUCAAUCAGGCCAAGAGGUAUUACUUCAUUUGUGGCAAUGGUCAAUGCUACAAUGGCAUGAAGGUCUCUGUUGUUGUCCAUCCUCUGCCUUCACCACAGGCUGCCCCAAGUGCCCAUAAUUCUUCAUCAGAUUCUGCUGUCCUGGUUGUUCCUCGACAGGGAUUUCGGGCCUUAGCGGUUUCUUUGGCAAUGCUGUGCUUUGGAUUCGGAUGGGUCUAGUUCUUGUGGUGUGUUUUGGUUGUGGAAGCUGGUGUAACUCAGGGAAGUGUACAAUUUAUUCUUAUUUGUUCUCAGUUUUAAGCUUCUCUUUUUUUCCUUAGUUGAUGUUCUUUGGACAUUUACAUUAUAUGAUUUGGGUUGAACUCUUGUGGUUUUUUUCCUUUGUCCCCUCGACUGUAUUGCCUAAACUUUGUUUCAAAUUAGCAAAACUUACAAUUUGAUCAUCCUUCAACUAUUUUAA